CCCUGACCGUUCGAAAUUCACUGAAAAAAAUAAGCAAGCAAUUACAACCAGAAAAUCCACCAUGCCAGCCUCCGGAGAUGCCGCUUCCCGCCGUCGCCAAACACGGCUUCGCAGGGAAUACUUGUACCGCAAAUCGCUCGAGGGGAAAGAAAARGCAGCGUACGAACAAAAACGCGUUAUUCGGGAGGCCCUCGCCUCGGGAAAGCCCCUACCGACUGAGGUUCGCGCGUCGUACGACAAGCUUCAGAAACAGAUCGACGCCGAGGACAUUACCACGGACACACCCCGAUCGCACAUCGAUAACGAAUACGGAGACGCCGGAUUGCUGGAACCAAGGGUGUGCGUCACCACGUCCCGCGAUCCCUCAUCACGAUUGAAACAAUUCUCCAAGGAGGUAAAGCUUCUAAUCCCGAAUUCAACGAGAAUCAACAGGGGAAACAACCGGGUUGACGAACUGAUCGAAUCGUGUCGGCAAUCGGAAUUCACGGACGUGGUCGUCGUCCAGGAGACCCGCGGCGAACCCGAUGGCCUGGUUGUUUGCCACCUGCCGCUAGGACCGACCGCCUACUUUAGCAUUAACAAUGCCGUUAUGAGGCACGAUCUCGAUCCCCCCGCGGCGCCCAUGUCGGAAGCCUAUCCACAYAUCAUACUGAACAAUUUUCAUUCCGAGCUGGGGAAACGGGUGGGAAAUAUUCUCAAGUGCCUCUUUCCCGUUCCACGACCGGACACAAAGCGGGUGGUGACCUUUUCGAACGACAACGAUUUCAUUUCCUUCCGGCACCACAUGUACAGCAAACCUACUCACGAUUCUGUGACGCUCCACGAGGUGGGACCCCGGUUCGAGCUUAGACUCUACCAAAUCCGACUGGGAACGAUGGAUCAAAAGGAAGCGGACAACGAAUACGUCCUGAGGCCGUACCAAAACACAGCGAAGAAGCGAAAGAUGUUGGGGUGACCGAAAUCGCCUCUCAUGUCUCGUAUUUUCUGCUUUCUUCACUUAAGAGUGAUAGCCCUUCUUUAAUUUCAUUCAAAUUUUAUAUCUUUUGAGCUUGAUUUCUGAAUUCUGGUAAUACAAUGUUGUGCCUUYUCCGGUUUGCAAAACGAAUGCAAUGCUAAAAUGAAUGGCUCUUUGCCCAACUACUAAGGAAAWAAUAUAAAUGCCUCUUUCAA